ACGGCAGCUGAAGCGGGGAAGUUUGGGGAGAGGGCGCCGGAUCCAGAUGUGAAGAGGGGCAGUGUGAAGGCGAGAAGAGCGGCUCCGCCCUUCUCCGGCCCAGAAAGUGGUUUCCGCUGGUCCCGGGGAAUCUCGGAGUACCGUAUCUGGAUCCGUGGGGCGGGGUCCUUGGAGGGGACUCAGCGCCCCCUCCUGGGAACCGGCGGUCUCGUCGCUGGGACCGCUGUUGGAGCCUCAUUGGUUGGAGACAAUCCCUGAACUCCUGGGAAACCCAAUCCCUUGGGAGAGUAGAGCGGGAGCCGCCGCCGCCCCCCCUCCCCCCCCCCGCCUCGGCUUAGUACUCCUGCAUCUCCUAUCAUCGCAAGGGCCCCUCCCCUAGUAGCCUAUGUCCCUUGUUCGUGGUCAUGGAGACAUUUCGGCCACCACGGCGGCGCCUCUUUCUGAAGAAGGGGAAGUGACCUCUGGCCUCCAAGCUCUGGCCGUGGAGGAUACUGGAGGCUCCUCUGCUUCGGCCAAUAAAGCCGAGGAAGAGGGGGAAGGAGGCCGGGAGGAGACCGAGCAUGAGGGGUCUGGGGCCGAGGAGGUGCAGGGAGAAGCCCCUAGCGCUGAAGGGGAAGAGCAUGCCAAGGGAGACUCCGAAGACUGGUGCGUGCCCUGCAGCGAUGAGGAGAUGGAGCUCCCCUCGGAUGGGCAGGCCUGGAUGCCGCCCCCCUCGGAAAUCCAGCGGCUCUAUGAACUACUGGCAGCCCACGGUACCCUGGAGCUUCAGGCUGAGAUCCUGCCCCGCCGGCCACCCACGCCUGAGGCCCAGAGUGAAGAGGAGAGAUCCGAUGAGGAGCCUGAGGCCAAAGAGGAGGAAGAAGAAAAACCGCACAUGCCUACAGAAUUUGAUUUUGACGAUGAGCCAAUGACACCAAAGGACUCCCUGAUUGACCGGAGACGCACCCCAGGAAGCUCUGCCCGGAGCCAGAAACGGGAGGCCCGCCUCGACAAGGUUCUCUCCGACAUGAAGCGACACAAGAAGCUGGAGGAGCAGAUCCUUCGUACUGGCAGGGACCUCUUCAGCCUAGACUCAGAGGACCCCAGCCCCACCAGCCCCCCGCUCCGGUCCUCAGGGAGCACUCUCUUCCCCCGGCAGCGGAAAUACUGAGCACUGCUGCUGCCUUUAGGGCGCAGAGCA